GUGCUGUGCAGGUAAAAUGUUGUCCCGUUAGCAACUCGGUUUGUGCGACAUUACAGGUGGACCAAGGACGAUGUAAUGGUUCAGACACCCGCGGAGGAAACAUGGAAUUUAGUUUUCUACGUGGUCUCCUUUUCGUCUCCCUGACGGCUUGGACAUUUGGAGACGAUGGACAAAUGACGUUUGUGUCAGAGCUUUCGUCCAAACCAGCUCAGAAGUUGUCAAAGUACGGCUGGUACGGCAGCGUGAGGCUGCAGAGGUUUCACAUACCGGAGGAGACCGCCAUCGCUCGCUGGCUCUUCACUGUCACCAAGGGCCACAACUUCCACUGUGGACAGCGCAAUGUCACCAUCCAUAUUCGAUGGGGCGCCCCUCCAGUCAUAAACCCUACAGGAUCAAGGUUUCCCAAUCACACACUCUGGAGCCCCUGUCUGUCUCUUAUCCUGCCGGUGACUUCGCACAGCUCCACGACCUUUAACCUCUCCAAUCCCGCUCCUGGCGAUUGGUACGUCGCAGCCCACUUGCCUGAGGAUGACGGGCGCAUAGAGCAGAAGGGCUUUCCGUCCUGCUCGUACUUCUUCCAGCCUCAGCUGUCAGUCAGGAGAGCGGUGGACACUCCCACCUUACAGCAGGGCACCUUCCUCCAACAAACUGCAGCAUCCGACCGACCUGCACGCCUUAAGUUGUACGUUCCAGAGUUUGCCUCCUCUCUCUCCGUCUCUGUGGCUGACUGUUCUUCAGGGGAGGGUUCAGACAGUGGAAACUGUUCACUGGUCCUCAAGCUGGGCUCUUCCUCUCUGCACCGCGGCCCGUUAACAGUGAACUGCUCAGGGAUUGGCUGCUCUGCAGCUCUUUCUAACCCACCUUGGGACACAUGGUUACGUGUUGUUGUGCAGAGCAGCCAAGACAACCGUACUGUGACCUUCAGCAUCGUCUCAAACUACACAGUGGGAUGUAAACCAAAAAGUGUCGGCCUCAAAGCAGACGACGACAUCAACAAGCUGCGCGGCAACAGCAGCUACAGUAACUCAACAUCAGUGGGCAACAGCUCAGUGGUUACAGACUCAGUCGCCUUUAGCAACCAAUCAGCAUCAACACCGCUACCGGCGUUGGCGUGUGUGUGGAGCAUCCCCGUGCUGUAUGAGGAGGUGGAUGUACUGUCGCUGCGAUUCACUGCCGUCAACGGGCCCAACGUCAGCGUUACGCACACGCACCCCACACUGCUCACUUACCCCCUGCACACACAGGCUACUGGUGGUACACUCAACCUGCAGCUCACACUCAACACUACUAAUGUGACCCUGGGGAACAGCAGCAAUGUGGUGGCCUGCCUCUCUCCCUGGGCUCCAGUCCUCCAACUCAACCACUCCCAACCCUGUCGCACAGCUUUGUUUGGAGGAUAUGGUGCUCAUGUGAAUGCCAGUGUUCCUAAAGCCGUGGUCAGGCUGCCUUUCCCUCAGUCAACAACAUGGUACCUCACCCUGCAGCUCACGUGUAACAGCAGUGACUGUGGUAACACAUCGUUGGUGUCUGUGGUCCCAGAGGUGUUUCUCAGUGCUUGUGUCGAGGACUGUGGGACAUACGGAGAAUGUAGACUGCUGAGAUCCUACAGCUACCUGUACGCUGCCUGUGUCUGCAAGGCUGGCUGGAACGGCUGGGGCUGCACCGACGACUCCACAGCUCAGUCUUACCGUCGCCAGCUGACGGCCGCUCUGCUGCUCACGCUCAGCAACCUGGCCUUCCUGCCCGCCAUCGUGGUAGCCGUCAUGCGCUUCUACAUCACCGAGGCCUCCGUCUACCUCUUCACAAUGUUCUUCUCCACGUUCUACCAUGCAUGUGACCAGCCUGGCAUAGCUGUAAUGUGUAUAAUGGACUACGAUACCCUACAAUACUGUGACUUCUUGGGAUCAGUCUGCUCCAUCUGGGUCACCAUCCUGUGCAUGGCUCGCAUCAGAGACACAUUCAAAUAUACUGUGUUUUUGCUCGGGGCUCUGCUGAUAGCCAUGUCAAUGCAGCUGGACCGUAAAGGUCUGUGGAACCUGCUUGGCCCGGUCCUCUGUGCCCUGUUGUUCAUGGUCACUGCCUGGGUGUACCGAGGGGUGCGGCGGCGUCAAUGUUACCCACCUUCUUGGAAGCGCUGGGUCUUCUACCUGAUCCCCGGGAUACUGUGCGCCCUGAUCGGGGUGUGUUUGUUCAUUUUCGCCGAGUCGGAGGAAAACUACUACUACACGCACUCGCUGUGGCACAUCCUGGUGGCCGUCUGCGUGGUGUUCCUGCUGCCGCCCGAGGAGAAGAACAGGGAGGCGUGGGGCUGGAGCAGGGGCUGGAGCUGGAGCUGGAGACCUCGGGUUUGUGGGUACACGCUCUGUCAAAGCAGCAAGGACGAACUGUAUGCUGUCACAUAGACGGAGCGGAGACGCUGAAAAGAAGGUAGUGACUUGGCAUUGAUUGUUAACUACAAGCAUUUACACAAGGUAAAAGGACAAAAGGUGAAAUGUUUUUUAUAUUUCAGUAAAAACAUUCUCAAGAGGUGUUUAAAUAAGCUUUAAGGGACAGUUCACCCCAAAAUCAAAAAUACAUAUUUGCGCUCUUGCAUGCAGUUUGAACUACCCAUCUAGAUUGUUUUGGUGUGAGUCGUUGAGUUUUGGAGAUAUCAGCAGUAGGGAUGUCUGACUUCUCUCCAGUAUAACAGAAUUAGAUUGCUUGUGGUGCCAAACUUUUCAACUAUCCAAAAAAACUCAAGAUAAUCCACAGACCUUUGUCUGAAAUAAAGGAAAAAUAAUAUUUAAACAAAUGUCAAAGACCCUGGAUCUAUAUUUAAGAUCUCAAGUAUGCUUGCAGGGUGUGGUUAAGUUUAAAUAAAAUAGUUCCUACAUGAAGCUGCUCACAAUAAAGUCGGCGGAUUAUUUAUGGGAAGCUGGUCUCAAUUUCUAGAAAGAGUUUUACUCACUUUUUUAUUAAGCAUAAGCUGAGCACCACCCAGUUCCUUUUAUAUCGGAGAGAAGACAGACAUCUAAAUGGCCUGAUCUCCAAAACCUGCCAACUCACACCAAAACAAUCUAGAUCGAUAAAUAGCAGUCAAGGGAGGAAGAGAAAUAUGUCAUUUAGAUUUUGUGCUGAACUGUUCCUUUAAACAAUUACCUUGCAGACACCUUGAAAUACACACACACAUACACAAACAUCCCAGUGAACCCAAAUCAAACCUGCUGAAACCUCCAAGGUGGUCCACUGCACCAGCUUCGGUGUGAACAUCAGAACCUGCAGGUAGCACACCACCUGACCUUUGACCUCACGACCAGGAGUUUGUACAUAUUGCAUAUGUACAUAUUUUACUCGGCUAGAAAAAUUAUUUGGAAUAUUUAUAAGGAAUAGCACUUUGUGGAACUCUUUUAAAUCUUUAUAUAUUCAGCCUAUCGAUGAGUCUGCUGAUAAGGUAUAAAAUAUUUACAGCUGAUGGAAGCCCUCACUCAUGUGCCCUCUUGUAUUUUCAGUCCACUUUCUUAACUUUGUUCUGGAGCUUUCAAUCAGAUGAAGAAGGGGGAAAAAAAGAAAUCAUCUUAACAUCAAAAUGUAUCAUCACAGAACAAGAAGUCGAAGAAAUCGUUACAUAAAUCAUUCAAAACCAGCAAACUUUUCUUUAUGUCGUCUUCCCCAUAAUGUCGACCUCAGCUUCUUAACUCUUUCCCAUGUGUCUUCUCAGAGAGCCAGCUGUACUCGGAGGCUUUUCACCAAGCGUACGCGUGAACAGGUAGAUAAACUAAAGUGUAGUUGUUUGGGGAUACAGGGUGCCUUCUCAUUCCGUUAAAAAAAAAAUAAUAACAAUCCAGCUAAAAUGCUGUACAUGACAGGAUGUUAUGUUCACAUACAAAUAUAUAUGCAGCUUUCUUUCCUUUUCUUUUCCUCUCUCUGAAGCACUUUUAUGAUUAAAAAGCUGAUUCCACUAUGUAAUGUACAUAAGCCCACAUGUGUAUGAAUGGGCACUUCAUGAAUGUAUAUUCAGAUUAUUGUGUCCGGUGCCUCCUCCUGUCUGUAUCUUCAUGUGAAUGAGUGCGCUGUGUGUGUGUCGUAUGAGCAUGUAUGAGGGUGUUUUGAAACACCUUCCACACUUUUUUUUUUUAUUGUAAGACAUAUAAUUUGUGUUGUCUAAUUUAUGCGCCCUGUGAUCUUGUCAUUGUGAUUUUGCACUGUUUCAGGAUGUUUCUGUCACUCUCGCAGAGCCUUCCAUGAUUGUUUAAAUUGUUGUUUUGUUUUUUCUCUUUUGUGAGAGUUAAUCACUUCUUGUUGUUCAGUAGUAUACAAAAGGGAUUCUACCACAACAACGUACUGUAGCUCUCAUUGUGUGUAAGGUGAUGAAAUGUGUCACAUUCCAUGUAAAACACAGUUUUACUUCCUUAUCCUGGACGACUACUUUUAAAUCUGUUAAAAGAAAAACACCCAAACAGCAUUUUGCCUCCUAAAAAUAAAGCUGUCUAAAAAGA